AUGAGAAGUAAUUGUAAAAGCGGAGAAAGCAUUCCGCUUUUAAUAAAAACCAGCAGCCCCGGAAAGAGUUGUUUAAAUUUUUUUACAAAUUUGUCUGUUGAACCAGUAGUUUUGUUACAUACAUUUGGAUGGAGUCUGUCAGAACUUCAACUUAUGAAUCAAAUUAUUUACCAAUCAUGUGCAGUUACGUUCGACGCCAACAUGUGCUCUAGUAUGCUAACAGACGAUAUAAAUAUGUAUUUAGAAGAGAUUGUCCAACCAUAUGCGUCCCAAAUUUCAAUGGUGAUAGUUAUUCUUUCAUCGGUAAUGCCCGCUCUAGCAGCAUUACUUCUAGCUCCCUGGUCGGAUCAAUUUGGUCGAAAAGGCAUAAUAGUUACUGCUUUGCUAGGGUAUUUGAUUACCAAUUUACUGGUCGCUUUGAUUAGUUAUUUGUCAUCUUACUAUAUCAUAAAUCCGUGGGUAUACGUUAUUGCUCAUAUUCCUGUAGCAUUUCUUGGAGGCUGCUCCGUUUUUAACGUUGGAGUUUACAGUUACUUGCAUGAUACAACAAAUCAACAGGGUAGAACUGUGCGAAUGGGAGUGUUGCAUGGUUGCACAAUGUUUGGAGUACUGAGUGGAUUAUUAGUAAGCAGAUAUCUCAGUGAAUUUGCGUCGCUCUCCGUAUUAUAUACCAUAUCAGCGUUAACUGCACUGAUUAGCAUUAUUUAUCUGUCGGUAGCAUUAGAAGAGAGCGUAAAUAUUGACGUAAACGUUGAGUCCUAUUCCAGUAUAGAUAGAAUUAAAGCACUUUUCAACAUUACUUUGGUUAGUAAAAUGAUGUCAACUAUAACUAAACCUAGACCCAACUAUGAACGAUUAAUUACAUGGUUACUAAUUGUGCUCGGCGGACUUGUAGAAUUCGCUUCUGCUGGGCGAAUUCUGUUCUUCUUAUACACGCGGUAUGAAUUUCAGUGGAAUACAAAUUCAUACAGACUGUGGCUGGCGGCUGAGUUAACAACAAUAAUGUUAGGCAACAUGUUUGGAAUUGCCAUUUUAAAAAAAAUGUUUAAAGCAUCAGAUGUUGUUCUUUUGAUAAUAUCGACAAUUAAUCAUAUAGGCGAUUAUUUAAUCAAAGGAUUAUCAUGGCAAGAUUGGCAAUUAUAUCUGACCAUUCUAACACCGCUUAAAGGAACCGAUGGCGCUGCUGUCAGAUCGAUGCUCUCCGAUAUACUACCAAGCGAGGAUAUAGGAAAAAUAUAUGCAAUGGAUUUUUGUGUAAAAGCAGUAAUGCCAAUCUUAUCAUUAUUUUCUCUCACAUAUCUCUAUAACUACACAAUGGACAGUACUCCUUCAUUGUACUUAUUUGUAACUGGGGCUGUGUUUAUAGUGAAUUUGCUACUAAUAGGAAUCAUCUACUAUCUGAUGGUGCUGCGAAACAGAAGUAUAGAAACUUUUAGUCAUCGAAGUCGAAGCCAUCGAAUGCAUCCGCAAUCGCAUAAAUAA